AUGCCUUCCUUUACCCUUUACGGUGCCCGUGGCUCGACCAACACGGAUCGCGUUCGCCUGACACUUGCGGAAGGUGGCUUUACAGACUACGAACUUGUACUUCUUAACCUUGCCAAGGGCGAGCAAAAGUCAAAAGAGAACCUUUCCCGUCAUCCAUGGGGCAAAGUUCCAGCAAUUACUUUCCCCGACGGCUUCACCCUCUACGAGAGCCGAGCAAUCUGUAAAUACCUUGCAAAGAAAUAUUCCUUCCCUCUUCUCCCCUCAAAGUCCGAUGUUGAAGCCUCAGCACUCUUGGAGCAGGCACAAUCUGAAGAAAUACAGUAUUUCGCUGAGCCUGCCGGUCGCAUUGCCUUUGAGAAGUUCGCCAAAAAGUUCAUCGGUCUACCUCCCAACGAAGCUGUUGUCGCGGAUGCGCUCAAAUCGGUUGAGGCGUAUUUCGAUGUUGCAGAGCGGCUGCUAGGAAGUAAGAACUACAUGGCUGGAAAUGAGUUCACGCUGGUGGAUAUUUACUAUAUCCCCUUGGUCCAGAGGCUUUUUAUCUGUGGUUAUGGAGAUGUCAUUACGAGUCGCAAGGCUGUGGGUGCUUGGUGGAAUCGCGUUAUUAGUCGGCCGGCUAUACAGAAGAUCAUGGCUACUGAUAAGGAGGCUGCGGCUGCUGCUGGCAAAUAG